CAGAGAGAGAGCAACGCACAGUUACCGCACCACCGCACCUCACAAUAAUUUUGAGUAAGUAAUUCCAAUCUUUCCAUUCUUCGUCAUUGCAGUCAACGUCGUUUCGUCACUUCGUCACUUUUUGCAAUCCGAAUUUCCCAGUAUUCCAAUUUUUUGCCAACACUUAUUGGUUUCGCAUCGUGAUCUUGAAAUCUCACACUUGAGAGAUAAUUCAAUCGCGACAAGGCAAAAGCUUCACUCCCUUCUCUCACCACCACCACCACCACCACUACCACUACCGCCACCACAAUGUCCGCCAAGUCCAUCCUCGAGGCCGACGGCAAGGCCAUCCUCAACUACCAUCUGACUCGUGCACCCGUCAUCAAGCCGAGUCCUCUUCCCAAGCCGACAAAGCACAACUCGCCGCCGAGAUUGGCAUCACUCUACUUCCCCGAAGAUAAGGAUGUCAAUGCGGUGCUAGACCAGGCCGAGGUCACCUACCCGUGGUUGCUCCACGGUGGCUCCAAGUUCGUUGCGAAGCCUGACCAGCUGAUCAAGAGACGAGGCAAGAGCGGUCUUCUAGCUCUUAACAAGACCUGGCCUGAAGCGAAGGCAUGGAUUGCUGAGCGCGCUGGCAAGUCCCAGAAGGUCGAGCACACAGAAGGUGUUCUGCGACAAUUCCUCGUAGAACCUUUCGUACCUCACCCAGACGGUACGGAAUACUACAUCAACAUCAACUCAGUUCGAGAUGGCGACUGGAUUCUCUUCACUCACGAAGGUGGUGUCGACGUUGGUGAUGUUGAUGCCAAGGCUGAGAAGCUUCUUAUCCCCGUUGACCUUUCACAAUAUCCCUCCAACGAGGAGAUCGCCAGCACACUAUUGAAGAAGGUUCCCCAGGGUGUUCACAAUGUCUUGGUUGACUUCAUCACCCGCCUAUAUGCUGUCUACGUCGACUGCCAGUUCACCUACCUUGAGAUCAAUCCCUUGGUCGUCAUUCCCAACGCUGAUGCUACAUCCGCUGAAGUUUACUUCCUCGACCUUGCUGCUAAGUUAGAUCAGACUGCCGACUUCGAGUGCGGUGUCAAAUGGGCUAUCGCACGAUCUCCCGCUAACCUGGGAAUCACUGCUAUCUCCAGCGCCGGCGACAAGAUCAAUGUCGACGCUGGCCCCCCUAUGGAGUUCCCUGCUCCUUUCGGCCGUGAGCUUACCAAGGAGGAAGCUUACAUCGCUGAAUUAGAUGCUAAGACUGGUGCCUCCUUGAAACUCACUGUUUUGAACCCUACCGGUCGUAUCUGGACUUUGGUCGCUGGUGGUGGUGCUUCCGUCGUCUACGCUGAUGCUAUUGCCUCUGCUGGUUUUGCUGAUGAUUUGGCCAACUAUGGUGAAUACUCUGGUGCCCCCACCGAGUCCCAAACAUACUACUACGCACGAACCGUGUUGGACCUAAUGCUCCGCGCUCCCUUGAGCUCUAAGGGCAAGGUUCUGUUCAUCGGUGGCGGUAUUGCCAACUUCACAAAUGUCGCUUCCACAUUCAAGGGUGUCAUUCGGGCGCUACGUGAAUACUCCAAGCAACUGAACGAGCACAACGUACAAAUUUGGGUGCGUCGUGCUGGACCUAACUACCAAGAAGGUCUUAAGAACAUGAAGGCCGCGACACAAGAGCUUGGCUUAAACGCCAAGAUCUUCGGUCCUGAGAUGCACGUUUCUGGUAUCGUGCCUCUCGCUCUCGUCCCCGGCAAGUGGGAGGAAGGCAAUGUACAUGAAUUCCAGGGUUAAAUCAAACCAUAUGUGUACGAGUCGAGAUUCCCAGCUUCGGUGUAAAGAGCGCGCGAAUGAACUAUAUGACGGGAUGGUUUUAUAGGUGGUUAUUUAACCAUGGUUGUGUAAGCUUGGAGGUAGAGGUUCGGAUCUAGUUAACCUAGGUUUGGUCGCUGAGCAUCAGGUUCGAGAGGGCGGCUAGUUUAGCUAGUUAGAGGCGUCUUCAAGAAUAAAACACAAUAGACUGGCGUAAUUUCCCAUG